UUUUAGACGCUACCAAAACCGCACAUCUUUUGUAUUUUUCCUCGCAGUCUCUGCGCUGACACAAUGGAAACUCUUAAUGCGAGGAAUAUAAAAGGGUAUUAAUAUGAAACAGGAAAUGACAAGGAGGCCUGCUCGAGGCAACCGGUCAAGCCAGAAACCCACAAAAAAACAGUACAAUUUAAUUGACAUUUAACAUGUUUAAGUAGGUGCCAUCGCUUCUCUCAGUUCAUAGCUUAUCAGAACCAUGCUGCACAUUUUUAUCACGGUCACGUUGUGUUUGAAAGUUUAUCGAGGAGAAGGUGCUUUGUUGCACCAGACACCGGCUCACCAGUUUGCUGCGGCUGGAGACCUCGUGGAGACUUUCUGUUCCUCCAGCGCGUGCGUCGUAGACACGGAUCUGCUGCGCUGGUUCAUGAAGAAGGACAGCGAGGUGAUCGCUCUGAACACGAGCUGCAAGGCAGGUCCUGGGUGCAGGGUCACUACGAGACGAGCGAGCAAUGGGGACUGCGGGCUGACCAUCCGGGGCGUGCAGCCCGUCGACUCCGGGGUAUAUUACUGCGCUGAAUACAGUUCUAACGCCCUGGAGUUUUCCAGUGGAUCUUUACUCAUCGUCAGAGACAAUUCCACACAAAAUACUACAGUAACGGUCAUGGGCCCCUCUGUCUCCGGCAGCGCGCUCGAUUCCAAGGGGACUCUGACAUUUGUGUGUCUGGUCCGGGGUCUCUCCUCGCCCGCGCUCCGGGUCCAGUGGUUCUUCUCCGGUCACCUGGCAGAGGGAGGCGCUCCAAGCUCCUGGAUCGAAGGGCAGAAAGGCGGAGACGGAGAGAGCUACAGCGCCACGAGCUGGCUGGCAGUCCCGGCGGAGACGUGGCGGAGCGGCACGGUGUGCGCCUGUGCAGCGCAACUGAACUCCAACACCGUCAUCCACAGCAGGGAUAUUUCAUACCCAGAAUACAAGCAAUGCCUGGUUCACUACAGUGUCCUGGGAGGCUGUGGUAUUGUGCUGGUCUGUGUCCUCAUCGGCAGUCUUACCUGGGCUCGUUCCUGGAGCAAGGAAGGUCAAACAAAUUCAUAUUCGGCUAAUGAACGAGAUGACGUCACACAGACAGCUGUGAGGUAUAAACACCAGACUGCAGGCAGGAACACUAAGAAGCCAGGCUCUGGUGCAAGACAGCACAGCGGUGCGAAGCUGAGAGCGGAGAGAGAGGAUGUGCAGUAUGCCAGUCUGGAGUUCGACCGGCAAGGACGACGGUGAUGAUGUCACCCCCACGUGGAAUGAGAUACACCUGUCUCGUGGGAUAAUCAACUGUGUUCCUCCACACCUGGGGCUUUCUGGGAGCUGAUAUAUAGUAAUAUGCUAUAGAUUCAAUAAACAGGUUCCCUUUUCUUCUGUUGAAACCUGGUUCUUGGCUUGUAUGUUAUAUAAUACAUUUUGUCCAGGUAUUCAUGCUUAUAAUGAGGAUCACAGAGCUACUCCAUACGAGCUGACCUGUAUAGCGGAACUCAGAGUAAAGAAAUGAAGCUACUUCCUGUUUAAACUCUAUCUGAACAGGUAGCAUUCUGAAGAAAUAAAGACUCAGUUAUAAACUUAAAAAA